UUUUCCUGAGAACCGCAGGAUCUCUGUGACUUGGAUAGCAGAGAGGCGUCUGGGAGGGCUCAGUGUUGACGGUGCAGCAGAAGCUGUACUUCUCUUCGUUCUUACUGGGUAGGUGACUGUCCCGCAGAAGAAUGUGAGACCCCUCUAGAUGUACCUGCUUUUGGAGUAGCCUCAGCUCUGUCUCACGGAGCAGGUCACCUCCUCUGAAGGAUGAGAACACGCAGCAAAGCCGGAUUGGCCGGCUGCUGGUCCGGUCCGCACCUGCCCCCGCGCUCUCUCGGGUUUGCCAGUGCUCAGCCCAAAGCGUGACACCCGCUGGGUCUACCCAAGACCCAGGACCCCAGACUGCUACGCCGGUACAGAUGGACGCCCGGGCGCCGGAAGUUCCUUGCGGGGACAUACUGCAGAACGCGGCACAAAAUCUACUUCAAGAGCUUGAAGACCACUUCCGAGCCCUGACUACAACGUUAAACAGCAGAAUGGAAGAAAUGGGAAGUCGCAUCGAGGACUUACAGAAAAACGUUGAUGACCUAAUGGUUCAAGCUGGAAUCGAGAAUUCUAUCAAAGAACAAACAACCUGAAGAUGUUAAACAAGUCACAUGAAAUUGCUAAAAUGGAAUCUAUACUGUUUGAAUAAUCUAUGCAGUAUGAAUUUUGAUGUUCGGUUUUUAAUUUUUUUUUUUUUUUUGGAAACUUGAAAUCAAA